AUGAAUGUGGCCGGUGUGCUUCAAGAGGCUGGUUCAACCAUUUGGUGGGCGUCGAACCAAGAUGCAUCCGUCGAAGAGGAUUGGGGCGUACUUUGGGAAGUCGUCGCAGAGCUCACUGACAGUUCAGGUGAACUAGAUGAUUACCUUCUCAGUUUAGAACCAACUCUUCCCAACAAUUCGGUUAUGUCCUCCGCCGUCGCACGCGCUCCAACCAAAGGAGCCGCAGCCCCGUGCGCCCGCGAUCUCGAUCGCCGUCGAGCGGGAUUUACUGGUAUCACCGCCGCUACGGUGAUGCCGCAAAGAGGUGUCUCACCCCGUGCAUCUACAGCCCCAGGUCGGGAAACUAGUUAG